AAGCAAUUGUGAGAAUAACCCCCGAAUCUGCUCUAUAGUAUGAGUGCUGGCCGUUUAUAUUCCCGUACGGAAUAGGUUUUUCUGACGUGGGCAUUGGACACCAUACAUACGGGACUCGUGUGCACGGCAUCAUGGAUUUAUAUGGUACAGUGGUUCGGUGACGAAGACAAGAUAGAUAACAUACCUGGUCCAUUGGCGGUAUCUGUUGCGCUGACGGCCUUCCUUACUUUGAUUGUGCACUGUUUCUUUGCACAUCGAAUUCACAAGCUAACCCACAACGAUUGGCGAAUCAGUGUUCCUAUUGUUGUAUUUGCUUUCUUGCGAUUGAUUGCUGCUAUUAUUUCCACCGUUGAGAUGAUCGAACUGAAAACCCUGUCGGCAUUCAGACGCGAUGUCGGUUGGGUGUUUACCGCGGGUCUCUCAUUAUCAUGUGUGGUGGACGUCCUCGUCGCUGUGGUUUUAUGUGUUACGCUGCGCACUAGUCGUAGCGCGUAUUCGAAUAUGGAUCGUAUCAUUAACUCCAUCAUCUUGUAUACAUUAGAGAACAAUUCGCUAACAAGUGCCGCCACUAUUAUCUCGAUGAUAUGUUGGGUGACUAUGCCCAACCUCGUUUUCCUGGGCGUCCAUUUUGUGCUCAGCAAGCUUUACGCCAACUCUUUGCUAGCAACCUUGAAUUCCCGUAAACAACUUCAAGAAGAACGCUCACGUGGAGUCCUUUCGAACGAGCUUCCUGUCGCUUUCCCGGUCGGUACCAGCCCAAGUACUCUAAACGCUUAGACCCCGGAAAUAAGUUGGAAGUUAAUGUGGAACGGACCAUCGAGUACGAAGCAGUCGACGGCUUUGCUAAACGAAGUCCACACAUCCCUUCGAGUCCACCCGCGACAGUUGAUCCGGACAAUAUUACAUGCACCGCAGUUUAGUAGGCACCUCACUAUCGCUUCCUUUUCGUGAGUGCUGCACCGAUC